CAACAAAGUUUAGCGCCGCUCAAGCGAGCUGGUCCGAAUCGGGAACAGAGAAAGCACACAACGGAUUUUCCAACCCUAACAUUCGUCUCCGUUCAACCACAACCGCCCAGCGACGACAACCCGCCUGCCCAAACACCGUCAACCCGUCAGGUUUUCCUCGCCGUCGAAUCAAUUCAAGAUGACUCACGAGUCCGUGUGGUACAGCCGCCCUCGCAAGUACGGCAAGGGCUCCCGUGGAUGAUGAACAUCUGCCGUCAGUGCUUCCGUGAGAAGUCUCAGGACAUCGGUUUCCACAAG